UCUCUCUCUUUCUGUCUCCCCCACAGAUCUCGCGAGAGCGGCCGGCUGGCGGUGGUGGCUGCGGAGGGGGUUGGCGCGGCGGCGGCGGCGGCAGGAGCAGUAGCGGCGGCGGCGGGCGGUGGAGGAGGAGGCGGCGGCCGGGGGGCGCAGGCAGGCGGGAGGCCGGGCGUCGGGCGGCCCGGCGGCGGCGGCGGCAUCAUGGCGGACAGAGACAGCGGCAGCGAGCAGGGUGGCGGCGGCGGCGGGGCGCCGGGCUCGGGCCCGGGCGGAGGCGGCGGGCCCGGCGGCGGCGGCGGCGUGGGCCUGCAGCACGAGACGCAGGAGCUGGCCUCCAAGCGGGUGGACAUCCAGAACAAGCGCUUCUACCUGGACGUCAAGCAGAACGCCAAGGGCCGCUUCCUGAAGAUCGCCGAGGUGGGCGCCGGGGGCAGCAAGAGCCGGCUGACGCUCUCCAUGUCGGUGGCGGUGGAGUUCCGCGACUACCUGGGCGACUUCAUCGAGCACUACGCGCAGCUGGGCCCCAGCCAGCCUCCCGAGCUGGCGCAGGCCGCGGACGAGCCUCGGCGGGCCUUGAAGAGCGAGUUCCUGGUGCGCGAGAACCGCAAGUACUACAUGGAUCUGAAGGAGAACCAGCGCGGGCGCUUCCUGCGCAUCCGGCAGACGGUGAACCGCGGCCCGGGCCUGGGCUCCACGCAGGGCCAGACCAUCGCGCUGCCGGCCCAGGGCUUGAUCGAGUUCCGCGACGCCCUGGCCAAGCUCAUCGACGACUACGGCGUGGAGGAGGAGCCGGCCGAGCUGCCCGAGGGCACCUCCUUGACGGUGGACAACAAGCGCUUCUUCUUCGACGUGGGCUCCAACAAGUACGGCGUCUUCAUGCGGGUGAGCGAGGUCAAGCCCACCUACCGCAACUCCAUCACCGUCCCCUACAAGGUGUGGGCCAAGUUCGGCCACACCUUCUGCAAGUACUCGGACGAGAUGAAGAAGAUCCAGGAGAAGCAGAGGGACAAGCGGGCAGCAGCAGCUGCUGCAGCCGCCGCCGCCUCCUCGUCGUCCUCCGGGGGAGCGGAGCAGCAGCCGGAGACCGAGAGCAGCAGCAGCGCCGCCGCCACUGCCACCGGCCCGCCAGGAGCCUCGCUGCAGGCCGAGGAGCCCGAGGAGGAUUGAUCUCCCUCCCUUGUCCCCUCCCUCGCCCCCACUCCCCUCCUCCCCACUUGGCUGCCUCCUCCCUGCCCUGCUGCACAGAGACACUCGUAAUAAUAAUGACAGCAACAACAGCAACACACACAGAAAGAGACUUUAUACUGUAAGCGAGCGAGAGAGAAAGAGAACCGACACCCACACACCGAAAAUAAUACAUGCCGUUAAAUAUUCCUGUUACUCUUAACUCCAAGGGGAGCACCAACCAACCACCCAUCACCAAACUGACAGCCGAGCAAGCGACUUCUUUCUCUCCACCCCAUCGCUGGAUUGUUCCUUCCACUCUUACCCAUCGUAUAAAACAACUUUUACCAGUAAAUAUCGGUUUAUUCCUGAAACCAGAAGCCCUAAACAUAUCUUUGUUUAUAAGAGCUUGUAGUGCUAUCUACUAAUGCCAUUCUAAGACCGCUUCACAUAUUUGCAAAUUAAGCUUCCCUUUUGUGAUUCUGAUUGUUGCGCAGUAUAGCUGGCAACCACUUUAACCCAAGCAGUUGACAUUGGUGCUUCUUCGAAAUCUUCAGAAAACUUGAAGAGAGCUCCUGUUGCCACCUGGAACACAAAUGUGCCCACACCAUGAGAAGUCCGCUAAUUUUUACAUCAAAGAUAAAUUAUCUUCAGCAUUGCUCAAUUACAAUGCAGAAAACCUAUACUAUAAGAAGCCUUUCCUAUAUAAAAAAAUUCCUUUGCCAUUUAGAUUGGGGAGGAGAUUCUAUUAAUGGUGUAUAUUAGUCUGGGAGAUUUUUUUACUGUCAAUAUUGUAAUUUUGUAAUAUUGUCAAUAUUUAAUUAUUUAAUGUGGCUAAUUUGUGUAUAUUAACGUUUAUUCCAAGGUGCUCCACACUUCUGUGUUCUCUGUUGCAGAGAGUAUAGCAUUAUUCCAAAAUAAGUUUUCUUUAUUAGAAAGGUGAAGAUGGUUCUGUAUGUAAUAACUUCUCGCACAAGGCUAAACUAUUCAAGGGGGGAAAAUCCCACACAGAACUCUAGUUAUGUGUCAACUGCAAAUGGAAUAGCUGUUGUUAACAAGCCUGAUUAGAAUAGUGUGUGAGGUCAUUAAAGAGAACAUUUUCUUUUUGGUAAUGGCAAAUGAAGCCAUCAGAAAAGAUAGUGGGCUGGAUCCCGUGGCUCCAUUCCACUAGCAAAAGUGCUUUCCUCCAGAGGAAGGAAUCUUCCCCGUAAGCUCUGUUGGAAGGAACAGAUCCAUGAGAUCCAAUCAGUUUUCUUUUCCUGAUGUGCAUCUUGUACCAUUGAAAUGUUUCCUUUUCAAACAGUCCGGUGGCAGCUGGCUGGGGUUUAGGAUUAGCCUGCAACAUUCCUCUGUUCUCCCAAAUAUCCUGCCAGUGGAAACCCUUUAAUUGCAGUGAACUUUGCACAAGCAUAACGCUCAUCAUGGAUUAAGCUUUAGCCCUCUGCGUGCAUCCCUAACAUUAUCCACUAUAUAUCCUAGUACACCAGAAUCACAGAGCAAGGAAAUAAAACCUGGAUUCUAUUGCUGAUGGGUUGUUUAAAAAAGAAGAACUUUUCCUAGCCAUUGCAGAUAAAUGGAAAAGAUUCCACUGACUUCCCUGGCAAUAGCAUUCGUUUCUGAAAGUCCUGUGUUUGCAUGGUCAUGUUUCUGCAUAGAUGAUCCCAGAAGUUCAUUAUUUUCUUACCAUGCUGAGCACUGAUGGUACACACAUAAGUUUUUAACAUUUUGAUAACAGGGUGCUGUAAGAGCCAGUCAGUUAUGGUUAGAUGGCCGUCGCUGCCAUCCUCAGCACAAUUACUAGAGAGUCAGUUCCACUGAACUUGGUGGGAGUUAUACAUGCUUUGGAUGGCACUGCGUGUAAAGGGGAGCAGGUUCUUCUCUAAGUGAAGAACUACUAGUUGUCCCCAGGAAUACAGCUGGUGGGACAAGGGCAGGCCUAGGUUGUGCCCACUGUUCUCUCUAGAGCUUUAUACCUUGUAUAGGUUUACAUGGUAGGACUUGACCACCAGAACCAGCCCCAAACGUUGCUUCCCUUACUGUAGGCAAGGGCAAAAUCUAUAGUACCUUUUUCACAUAUGACUCAAGACUGCAUUUUUUCCCCUUGAGUUUGCUGUUAAUCUUGAUUAGAUGUGCUUUCCGUUGGUUGACCUAUUUUUUCUGUAACUAUAUGAUUACCAUAAAACAUAUAUUGUAAGACUGUGCAUUUAAUUAAGGAUUUGAAUGUUGCACUAGGAAAAAUGUUUGUUUUUAUUUAUGUAAAUAGCUGCUAUUCUUUUGUGUUUAAUAUACUUGGCUACCAUCUCAUACCUGUUGUAUUUUGACCUAAUGGGCAAUGUUAAGACAUUACGUGAUUAUGUAUUUGUGUAAAUGUCUGUAUGUAACUACUAAUUCGAAAUCGUAAGUAAGGAACAUGCUUGUUUCAUUUAUUCAGAAGAGUAACUUUCCCAUCUAAAAAUAUUUUCAGUUACAUGAGAGAAGAAAAUUAUUUUUUUUUAAAGAUUGUCAUACAAGGCCUGGUUUCUCUAGCUGCUUUUUAAAAAUACAUGUGGGCAGGAUUUUAUCUAGUUUUCACUUGAUAGACCAAAGUUACCAUUGACACUGUCUUGCAAUGCUGAUCAAAUUUAUCUUCUUUGCACUUUAAAACAAAUAAUAAAAUAAGGAAAAUCAAGGUGUUGAUUGUAUAUACAUUCGCUGUACAGUAGAAUGUAUAUCACUAGUCAAUCUGUUUAUAAAGAGGGUAUUUUCUUUGGGGGGGUACUCAACCAAUGUAUUUGCUAGUCAAUAUAAAGUGUUUACAUGUAAUUACUUAAUAAAUUAUUUGAUUUAA